AUGGUUGGAUCUCUGGGACCGAAUUCGCGCAAGCACAAGGUUACGGUGGUAGGCUCUGGGAACUGGGGUACCGCAAUUGCCAAGAUUGUCGCUGAAAACGCCGCAAAUAGCAAUGGGAUUUUCGAGGAGAAGGUUGAGAUGUGGGUGUAUGAGGAGAAGAUCGAAAUCCCCGAAACUUCCCCCCACUACGAUGCUUCGUCCCCUCUCUGCCAGGGCGAGCAAAACUUGACGGAUGUGAUCAACAAGUUGAACGAGAAUAUCAAGUACCUCCCUGGGGUUCGUCUCCCCACCAACUUGCAUGCCAACCCCUCGCUGGAGGAUGCAGUCAAGGACAGCACGAUCCUUGUCUUCAACCUUCCCCAUCAGUUCAUCCUUAGAAUCUGCGAUCAGCUGAAGGGAAAGAUUCUGCCAUAUGCUCGUGGCAUUUCUUGCAUAAAGGGUGUUGAUGUGAACGAGAAUGGAAUCCACCUGUUCUCCGAGACCAUUGGUAAGAGACUAGGCAUCUACUGCGGUGCUCUCUCUGGUGCGAAUAUUGCCAAUGAAGUGGCCCAGGAGAAAUGGUCAGAAACGAGCAUAGCCUACGAUCCCCCUCAUCUUGACUCGAAGUGUCCUACUCCCCAUCGCUCUCCCAACUCCUCCACGGUUGAUAUUGUUGAGUUUGAGCACAAGGAUACCUCUGGUCAGAUCUCAGAUGUCAAGUUGCAGCCUGUACCCAACGAGUACCCUCCCGUCGACCAUGCGUUACUGAAGAGGCUUUUCCAUCGCCCGUAUUUCCAUGCCAGCGUGGUAAAUGACGUCGCCGGUGUUUCGCUCGGGGGCGCUCUCAAGAAUAUCGUCGCUCUGGCUGCCGGUUGGGUCGACGGUAUGGGAUGGGGUGACAAUGCCAAAGCUGCCGUGAUGCGUGUAGGCCUGUUGGAGAUGGUCAAAUUUGGCGAGAAGUUCUUCGGUGCCACCAUCGAGAACCGCACCUUCACGGAAGAAAGCGCCGGCGUGGCGGAUUUAAUCACCAGCUGCAGCGGCGGUCGCAACUUUCGCUGUGCUAGACUAAGCAUUGAGCGCAAUCUGCCCGUUGAAGAGAUCGAAAAGACCGAGCUCAAUGGACAGAAGCUUCAGGGCACCCUGACUGCCAUCGAAGUCAAUAGAUUUUUGAGUAAACAGGGUCUCGAAAACGAGUUCCCUCUCUUCACUGCUGUCUACCAAAUCCUGCAGGGUAAAAUGUCCGUCGCCGAUAUCCCCCAUCACCUCGAAUGCUAA